ACAGAUUGGGCCAGGCCAGGCCCCUGCCUGGGCUGCAGCGGAGCCUGGAGCCAUGAGGGUGGCGCUGGGCAUGCUCUGGCUCCUGGCCCUCAGGCCCCCACCCCAGGCCUGGAGCUCCUGUCCGCCUCAGUGCAGCUGCAGCCUCCAGGUCCUGGGCAAUGGCAGCAUGGCCAGGACGGUGGUGUGCAACGACCCGGACAUGACCCUGCCCCCCGUGGCCGUGCCGCCUGACACCUGCCGGCUGACGCCCUCCCUCCCGGGCCGCCCCGGGCUGGUCCUCGGGCUGCAAGACAACCCCUGGGCGUGCGACUGCCGACUCCACGACCUGGUCCGCUUCCUGGAAGGCGGGGCCCCGCACCUGGCCUUCAUAGAGGCCGGGCUACGGUGUGCUGGUCCGGGCGGCCUGGCCGGUGUGGCCUUCCGCCAGCUGCAGCUGAGCAGGUGCCAGGGACCCGAGCUGCGACCAGGCGUGGCCAGCGUCAGGUCUCCCUUGGGCAGCACAGUGUUGCUCCGUUGUGGGGCCACUGGUGUCCCUGAGCCCCAGAUGAGCUGGAGGAGGGUCAGUGGGCGCCCCCUCAAUGGCACAGUGCACCAGCAGGUCUCCAGGGACGGCACCAGCUGGGCGCUGCUGGGCCUGCCCGCCGUGUCCCACCUCGACGCCGGGGACUACGUCUGCCAGGCCAGCAACUUCCUGGGCGCCUCCGAGACCCUCACCUCCCUGGUCGUCACCGAGCCCCAGGCUUCCACCGAGUGCAGCAGGAGCCCGGAGGCCCCAGGGGCAGGGACGGGAGAGGGGCCAGAAGCAGCUGCGUACUACAGGCUGGUGGCCAGGCGUAUGCCCCCCACACCCUGGCCUGCAGGGCCCAGCAUGGAGGAGGGUGGGCCGACGGGACCCCAGGAGGCCCGGAUGGUGACGGCGCUCAAGGUGGUGGGGGACACACACCAGAGUGUGACGCUGGUGUGGAAGGCACGCCGGGCCGGCAGCGUGGCCCUCAGUGUCCUGUACGCUGUCCUCGGGCAGCGGACCAUGCGACGGGUGGCUGUGCCGCCUGGGAGGGGCAGGAACGGGCACACUGCCCAUAUUCCAUCUGCCAAAGCCAGUGCCAUGGCCAAACCCAACUUCCAGGGGUGGAGGACGUUCUCCCUUGGAAGUCAUGGUGGCAGCACUAUCGGCUGA